UGCUUCAAAGGAAGUCAUUUAAAAUAUGCAUACCUCCACGUGUAAUACCAGCCGAUUUGAUUACUAUGACAGCGUUUUGCUCGAGUGAUUCUUACUUCGAUGGUUUGACUGUUUGUUGUAGCUCUGUUACCGAGUGUGCUUUUAAUCAGGCACUCUGGACUCAGACAUGACCAAGGAGAGAAAGACGUCUUCACCAGUUGAACAAGGAUCGAAUUUACACAUGGCUAUCAAAUUGUUGAAAGCAGAAAAUGCGAACCUCGAGAAGAUAAUUAUUUUGCUGAAGACCGAAAAUCAAAAUAUGCAGCGUAAGAUGAAGGAACUCGAGUAUCAGAACGACAGGUUUAAAAUCACGCAAAAUCAGCUAAAAGCAGAGUUGAAGAGGGAAAAGGAAAUGGUGAGGUACUUGCACAAUCUGAACAAGAAAUACGAGCGAACGCUUCAGAAGAAAGAAGCAGAGAGCAGACAGCUGCGCAAAGAGGCCAAAGAAGCUGAGAUGAGGAGUCUCAAACGAGAAACCAAAGACGUAAACAAUAAUGCAAAGGAAACCGGCAAAGACACGGAAAUUCGACGACCGCAACCACCUAAACGGUCGGACUCGUUCAAACGAAACAAGGAUCUUGCGGCUAUAAAAGCGGAUCAAGGAAUCAAUACCAUGAGCAACCAAACUGCUUCUUUAAAACCAAAACAACCGGCUCAAAUCGCGCCCACAAUCAAACAGUCGAACUCAAGCGACGACAUAACUUGCGAAUGGGAAGACGUUACGGACGUUUUGGGUUUCUUAAAUGAGAAAGUCAAUCAGUUCGAGCGGUUACUUCUGGAGACUGGAGGCUCGAGCAAGUCAGGAUCUGGCUCAGGAUAUUCUUCGUCCGACUCAAUGACAUCCACCAAGUGAAGUGUGCCUUUCACCCGGCUCUAACUUGCAUGCAACUUGUCUUCUAUGCUUCAGCCCACGUAGAUAUCACUAUUUAUCCAUGUAAAACUUCACGAACUGGAAGAACAGACCUUCCCAAGUCUCGCUAAGUGUGUUUUAUUUUAAUAAGUAAAGCAAGUAGCUGUGACCUUUUUCAAAACAUACACCAAUUGUCUUUUAAAAGUGUACUUCAGUAUGUGACAUUUUACUUCAGCUGUCAAAGGAGCUUAUUAACUCGCCUGAGGUAAAAUAUUUACUAAUAACAGCGGACUAAAUACCUCGGACACAAGAACGCGAAGGUCAAGAAGGCUAUUUUUAAUGCUCCAAUGAGUAAAGGACGUUUGUAUCUGUUCAGGAGCAUGACCCCAUAUUUGGUACAGUUAAAAAAAUGUACUGCGCUAUCUUCAGGAAUUAUGCAAAUACUUGAAGCAGGUUACGGCUAGGUGUUUAGUUUCUUUGUAAAUAUGGAGUGAUUACGAACUCAAGGCGUGACAGAAAAAUGUGCGUGACGCAAAACAAACCAAUGGGAUCUCUUACAUGUAGGGCUUGGAUCAUGAUUGGAAUGUCUAAACUGGCUCGGUGUACAAAUUAUUUUUCAAUAUUACAUGUUCAUGACGAUAAGCUUCUCAAGAGAUCUUAAAUGUAGAUUAAACGUUUGCAAAAUAA